AUGAGCACCACACCUGUUGAGGAGCCCUUUGCCCAGGAGACAUCUGCCCAGGAAGGAUCCUCCGGCAGCGGGCAGACGUUGCCCUUUAGACCCCUGCAGCCAAUCUCUGAUCCCUCAGCUUCUAAAAAAGUCUGUUUCUACAAAAGCGGUGACUAUAAGUUCAGUGGGCAUCGCAUGGUCAUCAAUGCCCGCACCUUCAAGUCGUUUGAUGCCCUACUGGACGCUCUGUCCAAUAAAGUGCCUCUGCCAUUUGGAGUGAGGACCAUCACCACACCCCGUGGGACCACUGUGGUUAAGACUUUAGAUGACUUACAUGACGGGGGAUCGUAUGUGUGUUCUGACCAGAAACGGGUGAAGCCGUUAAACCUCGAAGAAGUGAACCGGCAUCAGGUACCGUGGAAUACCACCAGACCCCUCAGCGCAGGGCGAAGAAGACAACAAGUAUCCAGGGUCGGUCCGUUUACAAGAAGAAAUGAUGUUGUCACCAACAUUGUCCCUAAGAGGGUGAAAGUACGGACACCAAAGAAGCUUAUUGUCAUCAAGAAUAAGGACCCCAAUGUUAAAUGCACAAUCGUCUUGCAGAGAAAAACAGCACCAACAUUUGAUGCUUUACUGGACUACCUCUCCCAGAGCCUGCUGUUCCCAGUGCUGAAACUCUUCUCUACAGAUGGCAGAAGAAUUGUUGGUCUUGCAGGACUUAUUUUGUGCUCUGGGGUUGUUGUAGCAGCAGGCAGUGAGCCUUUCAGAUUAGGAAACUACAAUUUUCAAGGAGCGGGCCGGAUGGCACAAAUAACGUACAUGGAUCAUGAGGAACCCUCUAUGUUGCAGCCCGGAACUGACAACAACAAAUCUUUGUCGAGUGGAAGAGGCUCAAGGAAUUUUUCCCUAUCAUCAGAGAGAUUUAUUGUCAACCAGAUAAACAAGUCCAGAAAUGGAAGCACAAGUCCUUUGCCUCAGCACAACGGAUCAUUUGAAUCAGAGGUCAACCAUCAUCAAACACCUAAGGACAAAUGUGGAGCUGGGAGGGUGGAUGAUAACUCUCACACUUGCAUUGUACCUCAUGAUGAUGACAUUGAAAAGUCUUUCCGUAUCAAUCAAGAUGGCAGUAUGACAGUGGAGAUGAAAGUUCGACUGACUAUUAAAGAAGAGGAGAUGCUCCACUGGACUACAACGCUCAGCCGCUCAAGCCUUAGGAAUGGGACAGUUUCAGCUUCGAUAUCUGAGCCGGGCAACAGCUCACCUGACUCAAACAAUGCUGUUGCCAAAGAGUCCUCUAGUGCCAGUGACGAUGAAUCAAAAGAGGAGAACCAUUCAGCUAGGAAUGGAAAGGGGGUCGGCUUUAAUGACGAGCAAGCGGGUGAAGGCUACAAUUCCACAGCUUUUAGAAAAACUGGAUUCAAACGAACACCUACUCCAGGUCCUCUGCGCGUUACGAAGAGAGCGUCUCUUGAGAGUGUAAAGACGGUGACAGAAUCAGGAGUUCAGGAAAGCACAGUGGGACAUUAUUCCUACAUAGAGAGGACGGCUGAUGGAGAUACGACUGAGGGAUACUGCGUUUUAAAACACAGUAGCAGCAGCAGCAACAAGCCAAUUCCAAAACCUAGGCAAACAAAGUCUGCAGGAGCAAGCAGCAAAGGUUCGCCCUCCUCAGCAGUAUCUAAGGUGCUUCAGACACAAAGUAAUGGGAUGGAGGUUAGACAGACUGUGAUGCAUAUUUAUGAGAAUCAACCCUGCUACGACAACUACUUUGCAAAUGACGAAUAUAGCACAGACGGUGGGCCUUUGCAUGGCUCUCCAGCGGCAGAAAGCAAACCGUCAUCCAGCAAUGAUUGUGAUAUUGAUUUUAGCGGGCAGCCACACACCUCAGACUCACUACAAAGACAGAAAGAGGAGAUGUUAUCAUUGUCUUCAGAGCCAAUAACUUCAAAAGUCAAUACUCCUAAAAGAGAGACGAAAAAAAAGACUCGUAAAACUGCUCAGAAUAAGAAGAGUUCAACUUCAACAAGUGGUUCGGACAAGAAGCAAAAAGACAGCAUAGUUAGCCCUCCAAAGGAUAGCAAACAUUCAUCUACAGACAAGCAGAGCAGCAAUACCAGUUUGGUAAAAAAUACUUUAAGUUCAUCAGAAAGUGCUAAAAGUGGACAAAAGAGUAAAGGAACAGAAAAGCCUCAAAUUAAGAAAGAGGGUAAGAAUGAAACAAAGCCUGGGAAAGAGCAAGCUUCAAUAAUUGACAAUGAAAAUGUGAGAAAGACCCCACCUAAGAGACAAAAUAUAAGUAAAACAGCUGCUAAAUUUAAUGGCCAUAAUGUAAAUACACCAACUGUGAGGCCUCAAAUGAAGAAGAACCUCUCAGAUAUUUUACAACCCAAGAAAGCACUAGUGCCAGUCAGAAAGACCAUUAGCAAGGCCAAAUCCAUGAAUGAAAAUAACUUACCAUCAUCUAAAAAGUCUUUAGUGGUAAAUGAGAGUUUUUUGAUACCAUCUGUCAAUCCUUCACCCACUGAAAUCCACCAAUAUGUUGAGAACUGGUUGGAGAAAGUCAGCCCAGACCCUGUGCCAUACACUGAGGAGGACAUCACAGAGCCUCGAUCAAAGGUCGUGUUUCAGAUCGGCGCUGGUUCUGAAUCUGAUGAAAAGAACGAAUUCCAGGCAAACCCAGAUGGGAACUAUUCAUCGCCCAGUGAUGACAUCGAGAAUACAGCUUCUUGUCUAUCAGUACCUCAUGUCGAUGAACCUACAGCUCUGCGGCGCAGUGAAAAACAACUUAGAGGUUUCUGUGCUUCAAUGCCCAGUGUUAGAGCCGAUCUUGUGUCCAACGAGAACAGAUUGAGACCAAACAAAUCUGCAGGAAUCCUCGAAACAGUUGACAAUGAAUCACCUUCACCGACACCAAGGGCUUUGGACACAAAGGCAAAUAUAGUACCUCUCCUGCGGGAACUUUACUCUUCGAUUCACUGCAUCAAAAGUGCAUCUGAAACCAACGUAACAUCCAACUUAGAAAAGUCCAGCAGCCUUCCUGAUUUCUCAAAACAAGUGGCUGGAGUGUUUGGCUCGUCAUGUAAAGCCUUUGUAUCAUUCUUAUCAGUGAUGACUCUACGAGAUAACCAAAGAAUAUCUGCGUCGAACGAUGGCAACCAAUCGAGCACCUCGGAGGCCUUACUGAUGUUGGAGUCGCUGCAAAAAAUUUCCAGCAUGGAGAACGAGGAAGGGCUGAGGGCAAGUUUAACGGACCUGCACAGCAGAACAUCUUCUGCUUUCAGAGAACGCUGGAAGGAUUUCCAGAUUAUGAGAGAAAGACUUGAAAGUGAACCACUAUCUGUCAAAGCUUCAGAAACAGAAUUUGCGCUGGACCUUUCUUCCGAAGGCGGGGAUGCUUUUGAGGAUAUUGAAGAGCUGAUGGAUGAGCUGAAUAUGCCGCAAGAUCUCAGAGCAGAGAUUUCUUCAACAAUCCACCAAGCUAAAAGUUUUUACCCUGUGGAGGAGAGCACUUUUGUAGAAAAUGAAAGAAAACAGUCAGACUCUGAGGAGGAUGUUGAACAAUUUGUUCAAGAAUGCAACGAUGUAACAAAAGAUUCUCCUGAGCCUGAGACUACCUCCUUAACUGAGGACGGUUCUCCGAGAAAACAGGGUCAUGAUAUUGCAAAGAAAGGUACACUGUUUUAUUCUGAACACACCAAGGUGAAAACCCAGUCAGAUAAAGAACCUGAUAAAGAUUCAGAAAUAUCACAGACAGGUGAGCACUUAAUAGACAAAGACAAGGAGGAAGAGGAACAAGUAGAGGAGGAAAGGGAGCUGACGAAUGACAGAGAUGAUGACAGUGAAGACACUGAAAAGGGAGAGAGGGAGCAGGAGGCAGAAGAGGGGACAGUGACCGAAGUGGAUGAAGAGGAGCAGAAAGAAUCAGAAGUGGGAAAAGGGAGUUUAGAGGAAGAGCAAUCUGUUGAGGAAGGGACAGAGAACCAGAUGAGAGUGGAUGAAGAGGAAGAGGAGGAGAAAUUGGAAGAAGACAUUCAAGAAACAAGAGAGUAUGAUACUGUUGAAGAAACAGAUGAGAGAGAGGGUGAAGGGGAGACAGAGGAGGAGGAGGAGGAGGAGGAGGAGGAGGAGGAGGAGGAGAGGAAGAAAGAGGAGGAGGAGGGGGAGGAGGAGAGGGGGGAGGAAUGUAUAAAUGAGGAGAGAAAGAGAAGAAGGGAGGUUAUUGGGGAGACAGAUAAAGGAGAGGAAGUGGAAAAUACAUUUGAACAGAUAGUGGAGGAGGAGGAAGAUGUAGAGGAGGGGGUUAUACAGGAGGGGGAUGAGGAGGCGGAUGAUGUUUUUAGGGAAAAAGAUGAGGAAGAAGACCAAAUCGAAGUGGUAAGUGAUGAAAACAAGGAGGAAGAAGAUGGAAACAAUGAGGAGGAAGAUGGAAACAACGAGGAGGAAGAUGGAAACAAUGAAGAGGAAGAUGAGGGGGAAAAACACAGAUCUCAAGAGACUGGGGGGGACGGUGAGGAAGAAACUUGUAACGAGAGUGAGGAGAGCAGGAACGAGUUAGGGAUAAAAGCAACUGGGCUUGAGGAAGAAUCAGAAGAAGAGAAAGACGUUGUAGAGGAGAUUGAAGAACAUAUAAGAGCAGAGCAAAUGCUAAAUGAAGAGGAGAGGGAAGAGGAUGAAGAAAAUGAAAGCAAUGAGGUAAAAGGGGGGGAUGAGUUAAUGGAGGAAAAUGCUAUUGAUGAUGCAGAAAGUAUUGCUUUGGACAAAGAUUGUAGAAAGCUACUAGAGGAGGCCUCGUAUUUGCUGUCGCAGAGUAGCUGUGAUGAAGCAAAUGUAGAUUCAAAGGUAACAGAACCCAACACUGAAUCAUCAACUAAAUAUUCCUCCGAGGGCCAGUGUGAGGAUGAUAAAGGUAAUGGGACAGACACUGUUAAUGAAACAGACCAGGGAGGAGAGCCCGAGGAACACCCAGUGGAAAUAUCACAGGAAUUGCUUGACUUUGUUAACAACGCCCUGCAGUGCUCUUCACUUAAAUUCACGUAUGACACUCUGGGGAAAAUCAGGAUAGAGCCAGAUAAUGCUAGAGUAACACAAGCUAAAACUGUUAUUCCAAAACAUACAAAGGAUGCAUCAUAUGGCUUAAAGCGUCUGCCAUCCCCGUGCACCUCAGAUUUGUCUGAUUACAGGCCAGAAUCGUCAGAGAGUGGUGGAUAUAAAACUCAGGAUUCUGUAGAUAUCGUCACAGAGAGCGGAGAAGAGGCUUCUCCAGGCUGCACACCUGAAGAGAUAGCACAUGUCAAGGGAGCUAAGAGUAAUAUAGAAGUUUCGCCAAAUUCUCAAAUCAAAAGUGUGGGAGGUUCAUCUUCUGAUGUCUCAGGCAGUAAAACCUCAAAGGAGGAUCUGUCGUAUUUCAGUGCUGGAAGCUCACAGAAGGUAGAUGCUGAUGCUGCCGCAGAGUGCAAUUCUUCCACGCCGCAGAAGGACUCACCUGAAGGUGUUCUGAUCGACCAAGGUAGAUGGCUGCUCAAAGAGAAUCACCUCAUCCGAAAAUCUCCUCCAGUCUUGCUGGGAAUGUACGAUCAGUUAGAUAGCACAUCUAUCGACACAGGUGAGGAGAACAAUUGCGAGGAUGUCCCGUCACACUGCAAAACCCAGCAAAACCUUCUUUCAGCCAUUUCUUCAUCAGAGCUUGAGGAGAUGGCAAAGCCCCUAAGUCCAAAGUGCACAUACUACAACAUGCCACAUGGAAGCGAUUCUGACCCCUUUUUGGAUGAUUUAACCGACAAAAGUGGGAGAAAAGAUGCAAGCAGUGACAAAGGGAGAGGCUUCAGGGUGUCACCUGCGAUUGACACUUCCAGAACAUGGCCCAAUAAAAAUGGUAGUCUUUCUUCCUUUGCAUCAGUUGAGUUUAAAUAUCCAGACAGAAAAGUCCAUCCUGAGGGGGAGUCCUCGGCCGGAACAAUGGCAAGACCGACCUCUAGUGUAGGAGGGAAUGUAUUGCAGGCACAAGACUCCCUGGACAGACUACGUAUGAGAUGUGGCCAAUACUGUCCCAUACUAUAGAAGCAAAAAGUAAACAAAACACGUUUCCAAUGGAACUACAUACUUUGUGUGUGGAGGUUGAAGAGAGUUGUGCCUCUUAUUAGUUAAUGUCAAAAGGAAGUAUAACAGUAGCAGCAACUAAAAACGUAUUGGUUACUGAUUCAAUGCUCUUGACUGUACAUAACUGUAUAAAGUGUUGUUAUAAGUAUUACAAAUGAGCAGUUUCUUAUUGAAUAUAAUGCAAUACAUCAGAGAAAAUAUUAUAUAUGCCAAGUAAACCAAAUUUUCCUGCUGGGUAUAUUUGAUUUGAUCUCUGUUUUGGUUCUUGAACUAUGUGCAAUGCAUGUUUCAGGAUUUAAACAAAGGGACUACUGUGUGGCAUUUGAGAUCUGAUUAUUCUGUGAAAACAAAAUAACUUAAUUCAUCAAAAAACAGCUUCACAUGUCUUUAGCUGUCAGAUGUUUGAUUUAAUAAACCAUGUUUCGUUUUUUAAUUGUGUUGUGUAACAGUUACAAAAGGGCUUCUCUCCAACUCAACUCAACAAGGCAGUGAUAUGAUUCAGGACAUCAUCACGUUUUUAUUUCUGAGACUUUGGAAAGUUCGAUACAGAGCCAGAAAAAAUUAGGGGCAAGUACUACAUGACAGGUACAAUUUAAAAGUACUUAAUGAUCCAGAGGAAGAACACUUUUUCAGAUCUUAUACUUAUGUAAAAGUACAGUGUCUGUUGCAAGUAAAAGUAGAAUUCAGUAGUAUUCAUUAUGCAAUUUGGUCAAUUUCAUCAUAUGUUUUGACUACAAGUGUUAUCAAACCUGUUAAAGGUGCAGCUCAUUUACAUUACGUUGUAUACUGCAGGCUAGCUUUUGAAUAUUACUCUAGGCGUAACUCAAUUAUUAUUUAGGUGUUGAUUACAUUUCACAAUAUUAAUACAAUUCUGCAAAGUAACUUAAGG